UGUCUUAUGCAUCUGUAAGUGCGUUUGUUUGGUUUCUAGUCCGCGACACAAGUAAAGCAUUCUGCACAGAGCAGGUCAUUCAGUUUCCUGCUUCCAGCCUAGCGAGGUUCCAAAAUGUGCGUUCGUGCUUUAGUAAUCGUUUCAUUCCUCUUUGCUCAUUCUUGUUACUGCACGGAGAAUAUUGGAUGUGUUUCAGACUCCCCCUAUGUCCUCAAACCAGGAUCUCGGUCUCUUACUCUGUACGCACUCGAGAAUGAGCAACUGUCUCUAUUCCCUACCAGAGUAAACGGAACUGAAACGCACUGGAAGGUACAUAGAAAACUGGAACCCUUCGUUACUGCUGUCUACCGUCGCUUGGUGAUAAAAGAUGUCAGUCGGGUAGCUGGUGAAGAGGUCACGUCUGUCUGGAAGGGCAACAUUAACUCCAGCUCAUCAGCGCGCAUUGAAGUUGGAAAGUUACCUGCUGUCACUUUUGACCUUGAAUCCUCCAAUCAUUUUGAAGUACAGGUUGGACAUCAAGCAGUCAUUCACUACAAAGUAACAGGUUCUCCACAACCAACAAUCAACCUACACAGAAAAGGUUCUAAACUAACUCUCAAUACGCACACCAGAGUUCACACCGCAAAGUCGUACUUGGAAAUCAAUGCAGUCAAACAUAAAGACAGAGGUAUCUACGUGUUGAACGCUCAGAACUGCUUUGGAUCUGUCGAUGUUGAAUUCCACCUGAAAGUUAUCGGACAUGGUCACAAUAUACAAUCACAGAUUUCAAUCAGCCAAAAUGAAAAUCAAAAGAGACACACACUACAUAUAACAAAACAUACCAAUCGGACUGAAAGCAAAUCUACCAUAACUAGACUGAAUUCCAAUCCACCUAAACACUCCUCGACUCGCACUGAAGUGAUGGCCAACCAAAGUAAAGAAGCACCAAAACCAAUUGCAAAGAAAUCUGAAGAAACAAAGCAUCCUUUACAUUCUUCAAAUGCAGCAGAAAUCACAAGUCCAAGCAAGGUUAUUCUAACUAAAACUCCAAUUCCAAACAAUGAAGCAACUAAAGAGUCUUUAUCAGACGGCUGCAAUGAGUCAGAAAUAAGUUCAGAAAACAACAAUUGUGAUGGAAACAAAAAAUUCUACAUGAAAAAGUGGUUCAUAAUUCUUGUUAGUUGUUUGAUUACCGUCACGAUAAUUCUGAUUUUUAUUCUUCUAAUUCAUUCACUCAAAACAGCAAAUUGUCGAAGAGAUAGAGUAGAAGACGAUGAGACAAUUAUAUCAUCAAGAAAAGAAACAAAGCAAUUCUAUAUUGGUACUCCAACUACAGUUCCAGGUCACCAAAAUGUAAAGCCUGACAGAGAAACAUCAACCAAAAUGAACUUCUACAGUACAGGAAUGCGUGACAGAAUUGAAACGGACUAUGACUACAUCACCCCAAAGACUGAACCAUCAAGCAAAACGAACUCAUACAGCACAGCAAUGAAUGACAGUACUGAAAAUGAUUAUGACCACAUUCCUCCAAAGAGUGUCACCCAAAGAUCACAGCGUUAUGGAAAUAAUGAGCCAAUUUAUGAUGAACCAAUUUAUGAUGUCCCAAAGUAAAACCACAUAAAGAGUACUAUUAUAAAUGUUCAUUAAACUUUUCCAUACAAGUGUUUGAAAGUAGUUGACUCUAUCUGUGUAAGGUAUAUUGCAUACUACUGUAGUGCAGAAAGUAGGAAUUUUAGCAAUGAUUUGUAACAAAGAUAAAAUUAUUUCUA